GCGACUAUCAUCAUUAACACUAGCUGCAGGCAAUGUCUCUACAGCACUUUGGCAAAGGUGCCCUUCGUGUAGCCAAAAACUACACAAAGGGCUAUUCAGACACGCAGGCAAAAGUCCGGGAUGCAACAUCAAACGAUCCGUGGGGUCCUUCAGGGACACAGAUGAAUGAGCUUGCUCAACUAACAUAUAACCAGAAUGAUUUCGUCGAGAUCAUGGAGAUGCUUGAUAAGAGACUCAACGACAAGGGAAAGAACUGGCGUCAUGUCUUCAAGUCCUUGACAGUUCUAGACUAUUGCCUCCAUGCUGGCUCCGAAAAUGUUGUCAUAUACUUCCGUGACAACGUCUAUAUCAUCAAAACCCUCAAAGAAUUCCAGUACAUCGAUGAAGACGGAAAAGAUCAAGGAGCAAAUGUCCGACAGAAAGCUAAGGAUAUCACGAACCUCUUGCAAGAUGAGGCUCGUCUACGCGAGGAGCGCCGCUCCCGCGCAUCUAUGCGUGACCGUAUGAUCCGUGGUCAGGGCGGUGCGGAAGAUGAUGAUGAAAGCAUUCCUCGUGGAGCUUAUGCGCCUCCUGCAGGACCUCCCCCUGGACGACGAGGCCAGAAUCAGAAUAAAGAUGAAGAUGAGCUGCGCCGUGCGAUAGAAGAGAGCAAGCGUACGCUUGCAGAGGAGCAGGCAAAAGCCGGUCAGAUGACUGCGGAAGAGCGAGAUCUACAGCAGGCGAUCAGGCUCAGCGAAGAGGAAGAGGCUAAAAGGAAUAAGGCAGUUGAAGAUUCGAAUGCCUCUGCAUUGUUUGACGAUCAAUCAAAUGGAAAUGGAAAUGGAAACGGAAACAAUCCCUUCCCGUUUGUGGAUCCAACACCGUAUGCGACAGGGUUGCAGCCUCAAUUCACCCAGAUGCAGCCGCAAUUUACUUCUUUCAAUCCAUAUCAACAACAAGCUCAGCAAGAGGCAAUGCAGGCAGAAUAUCUUCGUCAACAACAGGAAUGGAUGCAACAGCAAGAGCUGCAGGCGCAGGCUCAGGCUCAGGCUCAGGCUCAACAGGCUCAGGCUCAGGCACAAGCUCAAGCACAAAUGGCAGCUCAGCAGGAAGAGUGGUAUCGUCAGCAGCAGCUCAAUCAAUUCCAGCAACAAUCGCAACAACAGCAAUUAUUUGCUCAGCCAACUGGGUUUGGCUCAAACAACCCUUUUGCUCCUACGUCUUUCUCGCCACCACCCGUACCAUCGAACACGCAUAUGCCUGCUUCUCAAGUUUCCUCGGAUGCACCAUCGUUCAAUCUGCAGGGCACGUACGCCAACUCGUCUGCGCCAUCUUACGCGUCUUCUGCAUCUCCCUCGAGGUUUGCAUCGUCGCCAUCCCCAGCAGGAGGGCAAUCGCCAGGUGGAGCUGGUUCGCAGAGGCAGCCAACACGUGCAGAUCAAGAACAUGCUAACCUUGCAAAUCUUUUUGCAAACAGAGAGGAUGGGCAGGACACUUUCGGAAAUACCGGACAACUGCGGUUUGGGCACACCGACGCUGGCCGGCUUGUUGCACAAAAGACGGGCGCACCAAGCCAUAACCCUUUUGCGCAGCAACAACAACAGGCACAGCACAGCGAGCAACCAUUCUUCUCCAUCUAAUCUGUCGAACUUUGCUCCCAUCAUCUACCAUAUCUCUAGCUCUUUUUCUCUUUUUUCUCAGUUUUCUUUUCUUUUUUUCUAUAUUCAUAUUCUUUUGUUGUUGUGGUCUUACCCAAUUCUCUAUUCAUCCUCUGUUCCCUAUCUUUUUGCCUCGUUUUGGCAAUCGCGUCUUCUCUUCUUCCCGAAAAUCCCUCUCCAAAUGGUCGCAGUGAUACCCGCCACGUUCCGAAAACGAACAAACACAUUCCACUCUCACCAUCCAUGAGUGAUUUCCCCUGUAAAUAUCUGGAGAAUAGAUUCGACGUUUCU